GAGAGGAGGAAACUUGUAGUUUGGCAACAGAGGGACAAGCCAGGUGGCCCACAAACCAACCAGGGCAAGCAGCUGAAACAACUCCUUUUACUGCCUAUGUGCAAAUGGAAGUCCUAGAAAAGACCUGGGACCUAUCCUCCUUUAGGAACCCAGCUCUUCCCCUAUCCCUGAGAGAUCUGAUUGCCAUCAGUCUUACCACAGUAUGUGUUGCAAAACAUGGUGGGGUCUUCAACUGUUUCUGUCUCCCUGGGCAUGGAUGGAACGCCAGCAUGUACCACCAUCACGAUCCCUGCUAUCACUUGUAUCCCGACUCCUGUAACUGCAUCAUCUUCCAUCGUCCUAACACUGCAUACUGCCAGUUGCAGCCACCUGCACCUGGGAACCUGAGCCUGAAUUCAGCACUGCCCAGUCCUGGCAGCACCCUGACCUUGACCGUGCUCCUUAGCCAUACAGCCACUCAGCUGAGCUGGUACCUGCAGUCAGUGAGGGAACAGACCCUAGUGGCACUGCAGUCUGGAACUCAGGUGGCCUUUAGCACCACGAGGGACCGGGCUGUUCUCACCAUCACCAAUGUCUCCCAAGAUUGGGCAGGCCAGUAUGUAUGCCGCUUCGUGUCCCGGGGUUUCCUGUGGGAGCUGCAUCAGCUGGUGGAAGUACCCCUGCAGGCCGAUGAUGUGCUUCGACCCCCAAGGCAGCUCUCUGUUUCCUGCAAUGCUUCCUCUGGCUUCCAGUUAAGAUGCUGCUUCCCCAGAACAACUCUGAACUACACUGCCUCCUGGAGCUCUCAAUCCCUGCCUGGUACAGCAUUCUUGUCCAGGACCUCUGAGACAGAGUGUCUCACUCUAGUUGUACCAAGCUGCCCUGAGAAUGAUACCAAGUACACCUGUAAGCUGGAGAGCCCUGGACUGGACCUUGUGAGCAUCCCUAUCUCCGUCUCCAUUAUCCAGGAUGGAGAUACUACUUGUCCCCAGGACUCUUUGGGCGGUGACUGGAAGGUCACUAAAGCUGGAUAUGUGGCCCAGAUCCCAUGUCCUUUGAACAGGAUGGGAAUGGUGGAGAGGCACUGUGGGGCCAAAGGCAACUGGGGACCCAUCAGCAGCAGCUGCACUGAUGUGAGGCUAGUGGCCUUGUUUCACAGAGCCCAGCUGCUGUUGGCAGGCCAAGGUGAGCCAAGGAGGAAGGUGCCGCUGCUCAUAGCACAUUUGCGGAAGGAGGUAGCAGCUGUGAGUUCCCCUUCUGACUUGUUAGCACUGUUGGGUACUGUGAAGAUCUUGGCCCAGGUGGUGACCAGGGACCACAUAGAACUUAACCGCAAGGCCUUGGAGGAUUUUCUGAUGGCCACAAAUGACCUCUUGGAGUUGGAUCCCAAUACUAUCUGGGUCCCAGCCCAGGCCCAGGUGCCCUCAGUGAGUUCAGCAAUCCUGCAGAGUGUGGAGAGCCUGGGUCAAAGCCUGUGUUCCAGUGACCACCCCUUCUAUCUCACCUUGCCCAAUGUGCAACUACAGACUCAGCUUCUUGGACCUAUGACCCCAGAGGACUACAGUGUCUCAUUCACUCAUACCCCCAUCAGGGCAAAAAUCCCCCACCAUGCACUGGCGCAACUGGCUUGGGAGACUGGCCGUGUCAGUAUCACCAGUACGGUACUGAAUAAAUUGGGCCAUAUCCUACCCAUGAACUAUGGGCAGGGGUUAAGUGACUUACUCUAUACCACUCCUGACUUGGUUCUCUCCAACUCCAUCAAAGACGGUAAUCAGACUGUAACCAAAGUGGAGAUCAUUAUGGAUUUUGUGGGUACAGAGGGUACUCCCACUUGUGUCUUCUGGGACCACAACCUCUUCCAGGGUGCAGGCGCUUGGUCAAAGGAGGGCUGUGAGGCCAGAGUGGGUGACACCAGCAGCACCACUCAGUGUAUCUGCUUGCACUUAACCUCCUUUUCUGUCCUUAUGUCCCGCCAUUCUGUCCCAGACAACCCAACUUUGACAUUGCUCAGCCAAGUGGGCUUGGGGGCCUCAAUAUUGUCACUGCUGUUAUGCCUGGGAGUAUACAGAGUUGUAUGGAGGGCUGUAGUCCAGAAUAAGAUAUCUUACUUUCGACACGUGGCCUUACUCAAUGUGGUACUCUGCUUGCUUGCUGCUGACACCUUCUUUCUUGGGACAUCACUGUUACCCGUAGGCCCCCACAGCCCGCUUUGCCUAGCUGCUGCCUUCUUUCCCCAUUUUUUCUACUUAGCUGCUUUCUUCUGGAUGCUGGCCCAAGCCCUGGUGCUAGCUCAUCAGCUUCUCUUCGUCUUUCACCAGCUGUCUAAACACUAUGUACUACCCAUCAUGUUUCUCUUGGGCUACCUGUGCCCGUUGGUGUUCGCAGGUACAACGUUGGGCCUGUACCUCCCUGAGGGACAAUAUUUGAGGGAGGAUGCAUGCUGGUUGGAUGGGAAGGGUGGAGCAAUCUAUACUUUUGUGGGGCCAGUGAUAGUCAUCGUAGGGGUAAACUGGCUGGUGCUGGCGAUGGCUGUGGUGAAACUGCUGAGGCCCUCAUUGUCUGAGGGGCCCCAGAUUGAGAAGCGGCAGGCCCUUGUGGGUGUGAUCAAGGCACUGUUCAUCCUUAUGCCCAUCUUCGGUCUGACUUGGGUGCUGGGCUUGGCCACUUUGAUGGACGGAGGCAACGAGAUCCCUCACUACCUGUUCACAGUUCUUAAUACCUCCCAGGGGAUCUUCAUCCUACUCUUCGGCUGUCUUAUGGAUAAGAAGGUACAGGAAGCAUUACUCAAACACUUCUGCUGUAUUGUGCCUGCUGUCUCCACUGUCUCCCUGCAGGCCACAAAUGGUAUGAAUGACUUGGAAUCCAGCAAAUGAAGACCAGAGAAUGCUAGUUUUGAAGAGAUUUGGCCUGACCGAGAUUCUGUUCUCACACACACUGCUGGUACAUGUGGCUGAUUUACUGUUUCUUUUUGCCAUUCCAAAAAAAUGAAAUCAGCAACUUCAAACUUGCCUUUAGACCUCUUUUUAAAAAUGGAAGCUUUACAGAUGUUUCAUGUAUUAAAUAUAUACAAGUUGCAGAACAGAAACCAAAUUUUAUGAGCACAGCUUAUAAAUAUAAAAAAUAAAAUUUUAAAUACCUGUAGGAGGUAUGAAGAGUGACUAUAUUAAGAGUAUUAAGAGUGAAAUUAUAAAAAACUUAAAAAGAGGACAACAGAAAGUUGGAUCCUGAUGUGGGACUGGCAUAACUUCUUUAAAAAAAAUAGUUUUAUUUGUGGAUUUUGUUUUUACAUCAUUUAACCUCCUUCUUUACUGCCCCAUCCCUCCACAGUUUGAAACCAACAGGUGGAUCAGUAGAUUUAUAUUGUGUGACUGGGCACAUACACUCCAAUUCUUCUCCCCCUCCCCCACAAAAAAUAUGUAACCAGUGCAAACCUUUCCAGCAAAAUCACAAUUUUUAUUUUAUUCACUUUAUUUGUCCUCCAUUAUGCAUCCCAAUGGAUAAAAGGCACCAGGCACUACAGGGACUCUUAUCUUGUAACAAAGGAAAAGACUUAAGGGAAAACAUGGGAUAUAGUGAUCUCCUCUGACACUAUAUGCAACAUUCUUCCCUACAGACUGACGUGAUUUUUGUAAAAGUCCUCGUGGAUUCUCAGAUGCGAGGGAGCUAUAAUCCAUGAGGUGCAGAAUGGUGUUCUGGAAGAAGCAUUUUUUAGAGUGAGCUACGUGGAAAGGGACAAGGCUGGGGAUAAUCCAGAAUAAUCUUACCCUUUUACAUAAAGAGGGAUCUUAUUGUUAGGGGAAACACUUUUUUCCCCAGGGAAAUUUAUUUACAGCUUUUAAUGAUUUGCUGAAAAGCCCUAGAAAUGGGGCCCCAGAAAUAUCUGCACAUGGAUUAGAACAUCUUGCAAAUGGAGGGUACUGUCUUAUAUAGACCCUCUGUUCCUUUCUGUCCUGUUGACAAUCUAGUCAUCCAUCCAGUCCUAACAGUCAGCCCCACCACUUUCAACCCUCAGUUUGCAAACAACAAAUAACAGAUUUACAUUGUGUAUAUCUGAGUAUACAUACUCCCAUUCUUUUUCCCCAAAAACUACAUGUAACCAGUACAAACCUUUCCAGCAAAACCCACUAUUUUUUACUUGACCCAUUUUAUAUAUCUUCUGUCAUGUAACCCAAUAGACAAAAGACAUGGGGCCCCUACAAUGGUGCUUUUGCUCACUUUUGGUUCCACAACUUAGAUGACUAACAUCGUUCAAAGGGUAUUGAAAAUUAUUUUACAGGUCUUAAAAAAAAACCUAGGAGAAAUUUUGAGAAAUCAGAAACUAGAAUUAUUAUUUUCAUUUAUUAAUUACCAUAUAGGUUUCUGAUAUUGUAAAUAAUAAGACUAGCUCUAUGAAUCCCAAAAACAUUUAUCAGGAAGCUUGAAAGGCUAGAGCAAAACAAAGAUACUAACCACCUGAAACUGAAAAACCAUUUACUGCUGCUAUACCGCAACUUUAGCAGAGAUGUCAAACAUGUAGUCAGCAGCCUGAACAAGGUUAAAAUGUAACUGGGAAAUAUUUAACAAAUUAAAAACACAAUAGAACGUGGAUAAUGUCACUAUGUGGUUUUCUAGGUCAGUAUGCAGUCAACAGGGAUGUUUAUGUACAGUUCAGUGGUCCACAUUUCUGUUUUAGCUGGACAGUCACUGACCUAUAGCAAUGAGAUAACCUAACACUAUUUGCAUGGUUCUGUAGGGUGGGUGCUGUCUUAUCUAUAGUUAAUUAUCUCUUAGGCAGUCCUCAGCUAAGAUUUCAGCCCUGUUGCCUUACAACUCAAGUCUGGUUUCUGGAGAUGCAGUCUAUUUAAAUGGUAUCUUAAGACCAACUGUCACAUAAACCAAAGAUUUCUGAGCCAAGAGGGUGCUGGUAGAUGUUUAACAACCAGCUCUCCAGAAAAACAAUGUGCCCCAAACACCCUUUUAGUGUAACCCGCAUUACCGAUAUUUUCUCCAUCACUUAAUUCUAGACAAUCAGCAGAACAACAGAUCAAGUCCUGAUUGUAUAGCAUUUUCUGAGUUCCAAAGUGUAAAUGCUCACCUUGAAAAUACAACUAUCAGUGGCGAGCUAGCUGGAGGUGGCUCAGCACCCCACUGCCUCUGGCUGAGGGUUCUCACAAGGUCAUUCAGAGUUAAGUGUUUUAACAUAUAGUCUUUCUACAGUCUUUGGCAGUACUGGAUUGGUCAUAGUCCAAACCAUGCUCACAGAAGUGGGGGCAGAGGGUGGGCAGAAAGCCUAAGUGAACUCCUAGCUUUAGACUUCACAGACAAUCAAGAAGGACAAUGCCUGGUUGGGAUUCCCUCAUCGGCUAAACUGAAUAUUUGAAUGUUUUAAGUACAGCAGCAGAAUGAAUGAAUAUGCGUUGAGCACCACAGGUUGGCUUAAUGCAUCUAUUUAACAGUCAUACAUAAGAGUUAGACAUACUGAUAGAAGUUACUAUCUGAGGUUUUAGAACAUGAGGUUUUGGAAUUUCUGCCUAGGGAGAAUUACUAUUGUACUAAGGAUACUCCCUUACAAGUUUCUGGAAGAAGUUGAUCCUUGGCUACAAAAGUUGGCACUUUGCUAUAAACAUUGGAGUGAUGAUUGAUUUAAAUUCUCUUUUUCCCUAAAAAUGGCUCACUUCUUUUCAGAAUUUUUUUUAAUUUCCAUCUCCAGAAGUUUUCUUCUUCCAUUUCCUCUCAAGUCUUCUUCCCUUCCUACCAAGAACAUUUUGAUUUCUGUCUAGAUGUUAGAUUUCAUUGGUAUGGGGAAACAACUCCCUCUGCUGACACAGACUGACACCAUGGCUGCUGCUUAGCCUUACAGUUGCCUGUGCCACUAGGAGAUGACGUGACUCAGGAGUGUAGACUUAGAGGUGGAAGGGGCCUCAGCAGUCAUCUACUUCAGCCCUCUCAUUUCACAUACAAGGAGACUGAAGCUCUGAAAAGUUACUGACUUGGCCACAGUCACGUGGAUAGUUAAGCAGAAGAGGUGGGACGUAUUAAAGCUUAAUAGUCCAGGCUCAGACCCCUAAAUGAACAAUGGAUACAGACUGAAAGGCUUGGGGAUAACUCUUACUGCCCAAGGAAAAGUUAGAUGUCACUGUAAAGUGCCACGCCUCUGGUGAAAUAUGAUGGGACCUGGAGAAACAUCUGGAGAGAAGCAAAUAAAAUUGACAAGCUGAUCGGGAGACUGACGUAUGAGGACUGAUCAAAAAGACUAGGGUUCUUUAGUUUGGAAAAAUGACUAAUUAAGAGGGAGACAGAACCAAAGCUCAUAAAAUCAUACAUAACAUGAACAUAAACCUGUCAACUGAUUAAGUGAUAAUGAGAAUGAGGGGCCACCCUUUGAACCCUGAGUGAAGCAAGUUUAGAAAUAAAAGUACUAUUCCAAAUACCUAGUUGUGCAAGACAGGUAUAAUUAAAGCUGGUAAGUAGUAGAACUUAACUUUGUGGGGAAAAAAAAAUCCCAUAACUAACCUGAGUGAGUUCCCUGCAAAGGUCACAACAGAGAUGGAAGUCAAACACCUGGCAGGAAUACAUCUGUUACAUUCCUACAUAAACACAGAGGGCCGGUAGAGUCGGAUUUAAAGUUCUUUUUCAACUUUGGAACUCUAUGAAAGUUAACUUUUGAAGAAGACAUAUGCCCCAAUAAAAAUGGUAAUUUGUGCUCCUUUUAUAUUUUUAUUCUAUUUAUAGAAUGCUUUUCAACCUAAAAAUCUCAUAUGUAGAAAGAAGCAUGCGAACAAGGCCCCAGGUAAAGGAUGUGGUCGGAAUGACCCACUCUGCCCAGCCUACCUGGUGGAUAAUCUUGACUGCCAACCACUAGGAUCUUACCAAGACAAACUAAAAGGCAGCAGAGCAGUUUCCUUUCUCAAAGCACUUUUUCUUUAGUGUAUUAAAAAGGAAAAAUAGGCCAGAGGAUCUCAGGAAUAUCGGUCCAAGUUCAGAGUUUUCCAACAUUUCAUUAAACAUUUGGCCAAGAUACCUCUGUCUUAAAGGGUGAAAUUAUUUUACUUUAGGCUAAAAA